AUGAAUAAGAAAAAUUACCAAUGCAAUCCCUGUCACAAAUCGUUCAACCCAAAUGGCAAUUUGAAAAUGACGUAUCGACCCAUACACCAUGGUGAAAAACUGUAUAGGUGCGAUGUGUGUGACAAAUCAUUCAACCAAUGUAGCAACUUGACAGUACAUCGACGUACACACACUGGCGAAAAACCGUAUUUGUGCGAUGUUUGUGACAAAUCGUUCAGCCAAUGUAACAACAUGACAACACAUCGAAGAACACACACUGGCGAAAAGCCGUACGGGUGUGAUGUGUGUGACAAAUCAUUUAGCCAAUGUAGCAACUUGACCGUACAUCGACGUACACACACUGGCGAAAAUCCGUAUAGGUGCGAUGUGUGUGACAAAUCGUUCMGCCAAUGUAACAACUUGACAAGACAUCGACGUACACACACUGGUCAAAAAUCGUAUAGGUGCGAUGUGUGUGACAAAUCGUUCAGCCAAUGCAACAACUUGACAAGACAUCGACGUACACACACUGGUCAAAAAUCGUAUAGGUGCGAUGUGUGUGACAAAUCGUUCUCCAGAAGCUCCAGUUUGACGAAUCAUAAAGUUACGCACCUGCCACUACGAUCGGUUUGA